AUCUCGAGUCAUCAGAGAAGACGAGCCCAGUCUCACAUAUCGAACUGGGAGCGGCGACGUUUGACCCACUUGUGAGGAAACUUGUCACGUUUCCUCCCCAUCAUCAUCAUCAUCAUCAUCAUCAUCAUCAUCAUCAUCAUCAUCAUCAUCACAGCUCUCCGGCUCACAAGUGUCCUCUGUGAUUCAGAAAGUCAGUAGCAGAGGCGCGCGCACACCCACAGCACGAGGACCGCCUGGGGGACGACUCGUACAUGAGUUUCACAACAACGAGGACGGAUAUGUCGGGGUGUUCCACCAUGGAUGUGCAGAACAACAACACCAAGCCUUCUUUAGACAAUUUGUGCAAACUACCUAAACAGGAGGACCAGAGAAAUCUGUCAAGCUGUAGGUACUGCUGCAGUAUGGCCAACUUUCGCAUUGAAAAGAAGAUAGGUCGAGGUCAGUUCAGUGAGGUCUAUAAAGCCAUAUGUCUGCUGGAUGAACAGCCAGUGGCACUCAAGAAAGUCCAGGUCUUUGAGAUGAUGGACGCAAAGGCUCGUCAAGACUGCGUCAAAGAAAUUGAUCUACUAAAGCAGCUGAAUCAUCCCAAUGUAAUCAAGUACCUGGACUCCUUUAUUGAAGACAGUGAGCUCAACAUUGUUCUGGAGCUGGCAGAUGCUGGAGAUUUGUCCCAAAUGAUAAAGACAUCAAGCCAGCGAAUGUGUUCAUAACAGCCACAGGGGAGGUGAAGCUUGGUGACCUCGGAUUAGGACGCUUUUUCAGCUCUAAAACAACUGCAGCACAUUCUUUAGUGGGGACACCUUACUACAUGUCACCAGAACGGAUCCAUGAAAAUGGAUACAAUUUUAAAUCAGACAUCUGGUCUCUGGGGUGUCUUCUGUAUGAGAUGGCUGCUCUGCAGAGCCCUUUCUAUGGGGACCAGAUGAACCUCCUGUCCCUCUGCCAAAAGAUUGAGCAGUGUGAUUACCCCCCUCUCCAACCUGACCUUUACUCUGAGAAGCUGCGGGACUUGGUCAGCAUGUGCAUCAACCCUGACCCAGACCAGAGGCCGGACAUCAUUUUUGUCCUUCAGAUCGCCAAACAGAUGCACGUGUGGACCUCCAGCACCUGAACGCCUCUCAUCGUCUGAGCAACUUAAACCCUUUGAUGUUAGCUGCGCCUGAUGUUGCAGAAAUGUGCCUUAAGCUUCAUUUCCAGGAAAUAAAAACAAAGAUAUGCACAGGUAGCAACACCUGUUCUGCACAGGUGUAAGGGAGUACAGUAGUUGAGCAGCACUCAGGAGGUGAGGCUGGGAUAACUGUUGCCCACAUGAGAGGUGCCUGUUUAUUUUCUUUCUUUUACCUGAGAACAAAGAGCUGCAUCGUUCUCUGAUUCCUGCAAAACUGCACAACUGCUGCAUUCCAUUCAAACCCUGAUUUUUCUUUUAAUUUGUGUGUAGUAAAUGCUGAGCAGAUUAAAUGUUCAUCUAUUACAUGUUUUUCUAUUCAUGUUCCAAAUUAUGUGUUUUAAAUUGACAGUAGGUGGGGUUGACUCUCAUUAUGAAGGAUUUACUGAAAGUAUCGACUCUCUUUAACUUGUAGUUUGUUGUAAUGAAGGUCAGAUGUCACUUUUUUCCUUAUUGAAGGAUUUGUGUAUGAAAGCCUCUCUGUCUAUUUUCCUAAAAUAUCCAUUUAAAUGUUACAGUAUUAGUUUAAAGCCUGUUGAUAACAUUUAUAAAAAGUAAUGCUCUUUAAGAAAUGAAGUUUGUAAAGUUAGCAAAGAUAGUUUUACCUCAAGCAACUGUCUUUAUACAAAUGUGAGGUGCUGUUAAAAACCCCAGAGAAAAACUAGUAAACAUUCCUUAUGUAAGGGUAACUGUUAUUUUAAAAUGUUUUAUUUGUUGUUUAUAAAAUUGCAACACAAAAUAUAUAUAUAUAUUUUUAGAACAGUUUUGUGCCUGUUUGUUUUAAGUUGUUACAGUAUGACUGUUAAUAACUGGCAACAUUUACAGAGUGAAGGACCGUAGUGUCUGCUGCAACCCUGCCAAAGAUCUUAUGAAGACUAGACUUUUCUGUUUCUAAUUCUUAGAAACACAUUCUGCUGGCCCAGGUGAAGCUAAUGCAGCAGCAAGGUCAAAGUCGUUAUAUCGUGUCCCACCAGAAAGACAGCCAUGUCUUCAGAUGUACUGGAUGCAAGAAGUGCAAGAAGUUCAAAUAGAUUGUGACUGCAUUCAUAGGCUGCAUUCUAACUCGAGGUUAAAAGAAAAUGAGACUUAAAAUUUUAAAUAAGGGCUUAAACAAAAACGUAACUUUUUGUUUGUUUUCUGUGAUUUUUGUGUUUAUUUGGGCAAAAUGAAUAGUUUUUAGUCAGAAACAAAGUGCUCUGAAUGCAGCUAAACCACAAAACAGUUGAUCCUGACUGGUUCUGUUCAGUCAAAUUGUGUCUGGGUGAAACUAGAAGCGUGGCUAGAAGGUAUCUCAAGAUGCAGACUUUAUUUAACCCUUAACAUUUUUGCAACAUUUGAAUAUUUACACAUUAGAUGUGAAUUUAAUGUUGCAUGUUAAUAGUAUUCCUGUGUGGGAUAUAGAUGGUGUGCAAGCACACAACAAGAGGUGAAGUGUUGAUGUCUGAAACACAGAAAAGAAAAACAUAUUUUUUAAACAAAGCAAGCCAGCUCUUAAACUGAUCUAAUCUAGACUAACAGUUUUACUAGACCAGAUUAUUGUGAAGCAUCCACCACUCAUCCUGUUUAAAAGAUUUGUUACUGUGAAUCUGUACGCAUAGAAGUUGAAUUUCCAGAAAUGUUCUAAUAAUACCAGACAGUAUGUUUCAAGUUUUUUCUUUAGCGAUUUGUAACCUGAGUAUAAUAAAUGUUAUCACACA